AUGGAAGGAGAAGCAGUACCUGAGGCCAGGAGAGAAGCCGGCAAAGCCAUGAGGAUUGCCCUCGGCAUCUUUGUGAGUGGCACUGUUGUGCUUGGCACCCUGCUUUUCUUAGUUAGCCAAGGUCUUAUAAAGUUUAAUCCGAAGCAACAGUACUGUUUGACCUCAGAAUGCAUUGAGGCUGCUGCUGGCAUCCUGAGCAAGAUAAAUCAGUCUGUAGAUCCGUGUGAGGACUUCUAUCGAUUUGCGUGUGAUGGCUGGAUAUAUAACCACCCUAUUCCUGAAGACAUGUCAAACUAUGGUGUUUAUCCUUGGCUGCGACACAAUGUGGACCUCAAACUAAAGG